UUUGUAAUGUUCAUUUAUUUGUAAAUUCACUCAUUCAUUUUUGUUUUUGAAAUUCACAAAAGAAAUAAUCAAUCAAAUCAUCAUGAUGAAUUCUCAAUCAACAACAAAUCAACAAUUAACUGUUUCGAUGGAAGUUACCGAUGAAUAUAUGGUACAAGAAAUAUUAAAUGAUGGUACCGAAAUCUAUAAACAUCCAUUAAAUAUGUCGGAAAAUUUUGCCAGAAUUAUUCAACGAAUUGAUUUUGAUAAAUUAUCAACAAUAUUAUCAAAUCAAGAUAAUAAUAAUAUUGGCCCAAAAAAAGAUUUCGAAAUACCCGAAAUACAAAUGAAUGUUUCAUCAUUUGUUAAUCCAAAUCAACGACCAUCAUCUUUUUGUCAAUUGGCACCACAAUUUGAAUCGAUAAAAUCAAAAAUAAUGAAUGCAUUAACCAAUAUUUCUGUCAUGUAUGAUGUAAUGAAAGUUGCAAAAGAACCUGAUUAUUUAGUUAUUGAACCAGUUGCUAAAGAUCCUAAUCGUAUGACUGAUGAAAAACCAAUUACAGUAUUGGUUUCGAAGAAAAAAGCUAUUGCUCAAGCAGCACAAUUAAUUUCCAAUGCAUUGGAUCGUUUACAAAAUGAAGCUAAUCAUGCAUCGAGAUCACGGAUAGAUUUUCAUACCGAACUUCGUUCAAUGAGACAAAAUUGGCGUCUACGAAAAAAAGGACAAAAUAUUAUUGGUGAUUUAAGUUAUCGUGGUGCAUGGUCUAAUUUUUCACAACCAGCAACAUUUGAAGUUAUUCGUAAUGAAAAUCAACAGCAAACGGGGCAAAGUUCAUUGAUUGUAAAUACACCGAAAACAUUGGAAGGUGGGAAUUUUUAUGUUGUUCGUACUGUAAAAGGAAAUCUACAGUCAAAUACGCUAUUUGAACCAUUAAAAGUAUCACAUCCACAAUUACAAAAUCAAUCAAAUGAUUCUCAAUGGCAAACACGUUUGGAAAUUGCACAAAAUAUGUUAUUCAAUAAUGAACUAUUCAAACGUUUAGCACAUGAAUCGGUUCUAUUAAAAUUACCCAUUCCUACUAUUGCAGCUGGAAAUCAAAUUCUAGCACCAUUAUUUCCUGGAUUACAGCUAUCAAUAAAUCUUUGUCAUCCAUCAUCACAAAGUUCAUCAACACAAUAUGACAGUGUUAAUAAUAAUACUGUAUUGGAACAUACACUUUAUCAAUUAUUACAUGAAAUUCAUUAUAAAAAUAUGCAUUUUCCAUUGCCACGACCAACAUCGGUAACAUUGGCAAUAAAUUCAGCUAAAUAUGUUGCUGGUCCACGUGCUUAUGAUAAAAAGACAUUAGGACAAUUGGCACAAAAUGAAACAAUUCUGGAACAAGUUAUUCAACAAGCACAACAUUCAAUGUUACGUUUACGUACAAUGUGUUUAAUCGAUUCAUUAGCUAUUGAAAUACAAGAUCCAUUAAUAAUACCGAAUUGGAAUUAUUUGAAUGCACCCAAUCAAACAUCCGUACGUGUUGAUCUUUAUUCAUAUGGUUAUGAAGGAUUUAGUAGUUGUCGUACAUCAGUUAUGCUUCAUAUUGAUACAAAAACCGUUAAAGCAAUUAUGAAAGAUGGUCGUGUAUUAAAUCUAUCAUUUGAAUCACAAGAACUUCGUCAUUUAUUAUUGAAUCUUGUUUCACAUCAUCAAAUUGUUGCAUUACAAUCAUUAGCUAAAGCAAUGGGUUGGAAACUUGUUUCGCUGAAUUCAUCGGUUGGUGUUGGUAAACAAGAACCAAUUUGUGGUACAGCAUCAUCAUUAGUUUUGAUAUCACCAAAUGGUGAUCGCACUGUUGCUGUAAAGAGUGGUCCACAUUCUGGUAUUAAAGUAAAAUUAUCAUCAUCACCACAAGAAUUUCUGCCAAGUAAUCUAGUAUCAAAUCAACAAUGGCAACAAUUAAAUGGACAAUUUAAAAUUGUUGAUUGGCAACGUUUACCUGGCAAAACAUUUGUUAAUAAAAUGGAAUAUAUGAUGGCUUGUUUAGCUAUUAAAUCAUCAUAAUGUAUUAUUAUUAUUAUUAUUAUCGAUAUUGGUAUUAAACUC